AUGAAGAGCCUCAAGAGAGGUCUAGCCGCUGAUCCGAGUGCCGCCAAUAUCUCCACCAAGGUCUACAUCAGAUCGACAAAGAGCGGCAGAGUCCAGAAGAUCGUGAGAGAACAAUAUUUGAGGAAGGACAUUCCCUGCUCUUCGCAGCUAUGCACGACCUGCGCUUCGACUGCAGCUGGCAGCGCCAACGGACUAGUCCCCAAACUCGUUCUCUCGAAGCGGCCGAGUGCCACGAAAGUCUACCCGAAUGGCCACUACCUCAUCCCGGAUACAAAUGUACUGCUCAGUGGCAUGGAUCUCUUUGAAGAGCCCAAUCAUUUCCGCGACACCAUCAUACUGCAGACGGUGCUGGAAGAGUUGAAGAACAGGAGUCUUCCUCUUUACAACAGACUAAUGUCCUUGACACAGUCCGAGGACAAGCGUUUCUAUCUCUUCUUCAAUGAGUUCCGUUCGGAAACGGCAGUCCGACGAGCAGACGGCGAGACAGUCAAUGACCGAAACGACAGAGCCGUAAGGAAAGCCGCGGCGUGGUACAUGACUCAUCUGGCCCAGGUCACAAGGAAGCCUCCCACCAUUGUGGUAAUCACGAACGACCAGGAAAACCGAAAACGGGCAAAGGCAGAGCAUAUGAAUGCGGUUUCACUGCGAGAGUAUGUCGCAGGCCUGGAGGAUGCCGAUCGGUUGCUUGACAUGGUCAGUCAAAGUGCCGAGAGCCGGGAAGCUCGAGAAGUGCAAAGCGAAAUGAUCUAUCCGGAAUAUUACUCGAUGUCAAGAAUGAUGACGGGCAUAAAAGCCGGGACACUGCAUCAAGGGGUCUUCAAAGUGUCUACCUACAAUUACCUCGAAGGGACAGUCAAGGUACCGGCUUUCGAAAAACCGUUACUAAUCCUCGGAAGAGAGAGCAGCAAUCGAUCAGUGUCGGGCGACGUGGUCGUGGUCGAAAUCCUGCCAAAGGAGCAGUGGAAAGCACCGUCUACUCAAAUUCUCGACGAGGAGACUGUCAACAAGGACGACAACCCCGAAGACGAAGAGCAAGAAGAAACCGUCGUUACUGAGAACGAGAGACGAGCUCUUCAGGACGACGUUCGACGCGCUCACACCGCAGGAGGAGAGACAAAAGCGCAGCCCACUUGCAGAGUGGUGGGUAUCAUGAAGAGAAACUGGAGACAACUUGUUGGAACAAUUGAUGCUGCUUCUGGGACUUCUGGGAACCGACAAACGACCGUAUUCCUUGUCCCGAUGGACAAGCGCAUUCCAAAGAUACGUAUUCGAACUCGUCAGGUCGAUGAGUUGAUUGGCAGGCGUAUCCUUGCCACGAUCGAUUCGUGGGAACGAGACACGAGAUAUCCAGUUGGUCACUACAUCCGCUCGCUGGGUGAGCUAGAAACCAAGGAGGCUGAGACCGAAGCAUUACUUCUCGAGUACGACGUCCAGUAUCGCCCGUUCCCAAAGGCUGUUUUGGAUUGCUUGCCUGCAGAAGGGCACGAUUGGAAGGUGCCAGACGAUCCUUCAGAUCCAGGGUGGAAAGGUCGAAAAGAUCUUCGGCACCUGCUCGUCUGCUCCAUCGAUCCACCCGGAUGUCAGGACAUUGAUGACGCUUUGCACGCAAGACCGCUGCCAAACGGAAACUUUGAGGUCGGCGUCCACAUUGCGGACGUCUCUCACUUUGUCAAGCCCAAUAACGCGAUGGACGAUGAAGCUUCUGCUCGAGGCACAACCGUGUAUCUCGUCGACAAGAGAAUCGACAUGCUGCCACCAUUACUGGGUACUGACUUGUGCUCGCUCAAACCGUACGUUGAGAGGUACGCGUUUUCCACGCUUUGGGAAAUCACUCCAGGUGCUGAAAUCGUGUCUUCUUCCUUCACCAAAUCUGUCAUCCUGUCUAAAGAAGGCUUCUCGUAUGAGCAAGCUCAGAAACGGAUAGAUGAUCCAAAUGCUACUGAUCAGCUUACUGAGGGCAUGCGGGCUCUGCUGUCCUUGUCUCAGAAGUUACGUCAAAAACGAAUGGAUGCGGGCGCAUUGAACCUGUCCAGCCCAGAAGUCAGAAUCGAAGCAGACAGCGAGUCUUCCGACUCUUUGGCCGACGUCAAGACGAAAGCACAUCUGGCCACCAACUCACUUGUGGAGGAAUUCAUGCUUCUAGCCAACAUCACGGUGGCACAAAAGAUCCAGUCAGUCUUUCCUCAAACUGCUCUACUGCGACGACAUGCAGCACCACCAGCCACGAAUUUCGCAGACCUUGGCGAGCAACUGAAACGGAUGCGCGGUUUGGAGCUGGACGUAUCAAGCUCCAAGGCACUUGCCGAUUCUUUGGACCGCUGCGUCGAUCCCCGACAUCCUUUCUUCAAUACACUGAUUCGGAUCAUGGCAACCCGAUGCAUGACUUCGGCCGAGUACUUCUGCAGCGGAUCUCACGCGGAACCUGAAUACCGCCAUUAUGGGUUAGCUAGCGAGAUAUACACCCACUUUACCAGCCCUAUCCGAAGAUACGCCGACUUGCUAGCCCAUCGCCAGUUGGCCUACGCUAUCGGCUAUGACGGUCAAGGAAGCGAGAUUGUCGACUAUGACCUGCGCAACAAGGGCAAGCUGGAGCGAGUCUGCCAGAAUCUGAACUUCAGACACCGAAACGCUCAGUUGGCCGGCCGAGCGAGCAUUGAAUACUAUGUCGGACAAGCACUCAAGGCACGUGCGGAGAAAUCUCCUGACACUCCCAUCGAUGUCGAUGGAUAUGUGAUGCGAGUGUUUGAGAACGGAAUCGUGGUCUUUGUCCCGCAAUUUGGAAUCGAAGGGCUAGUCCGGCUUGAUGAUUUCCGGCUGAAGUCCGGGGAUGCACGACACAGAGAGAGCAAUUUCAACGCUGAUGCGUAUCAACUCACGGUAUUUGAGAAAGGCCACGAGCAGGAUGGUGUUACGGUAGAGUUAUUCCAGCAGCUCAAGGUCCGAGUGAGCUCCGAAGAGAAAAGCGGCGCGCGGGAGAAGGGAAAGAGAAGAGUCCGGAUCGUAGCGCUGUCUGGGUCGUAG